AAACCGAAAAUUCCCUUUGUUUCUUCAUUUUCAUCUGAGAGUCGCUUUCAUUUUCCCAUAAGUCCUCACCUUUGCCGGAAACAAAAGCCUUUCGAUUCCCCAAUCAUGGGCUGUGCCGUUGCAAUCACUCUUCUGAUCGCCGCCGCAACGCUGAUCGUCACUCGCCUGCUCUACGUAUUGCACUUAACCGGCAAACCCCACAAACCCCCCAAACCCAGCAGCUCGAAAGGCUCAGCUCCCCAACCCCUCAGCACCCUAAUCGUCUUGGGCUCUGGAGGCCACACGGCGGAGAUGAUCAACCUCUUGUCCGUCCUUCAAAGAGACAGAUUUGCCCCUAGGUUCUACAUCGCCGCCGCCACUGAUAACAUGAGCCUCCAGAAAGCUCGCCUACUGGAAGAGAACGCCGAUGAGAGUUCGAGCUCGCAGUUCAUGCAGAUCUACCGUAGUAGGGAAGUGGGUCAGUCUUAUUUCACCUCUGUUUUGACCACUUUGAUUGCUUUGGCUCAUGGGCUCUGGCUAAUGAUCAGAAUCCGACCCCAAGUGAUUCUGUGCAAUGGGCCUGGGACUUGUGUUCCACUUUGUGUAAUUGCAUUCAUAUUCGAGGUUGUGGGGAUUCGAUGGUCGUCUGUGUUUUAUGUUGAGAGUAUAGCAAGAGUGCAGAGGCUCUCCCUGAGCGGCUUGCUUCUUUACAAGUUACGGAUAGCGGAUCAAUUCUUUGUCCAGUGGCCUCAGCUACAGAAGAAAUAUCCCCGAGCUCACUAUGUUGGUUGUCUCAUGUAGUUGAUCCGAUUCUGCUGCUGCUAUACAUGCUCUAACGUCCAACUUUUCGCAAUGUAAUGUGCGUUUCUCAAGGUUUUAACUUCUACAGUUUAUUUUGUUUCGUCGACCAUAGUUGCCAACAUUUUAGCUUCUUACUAAUUGAAGAAGAGACUGAUAUCAUUGCAUCGAUGAGGAAAGUGUAAAGAUUGUCGAAAUUUAUAGUACUUUUUAGGGCAUACCUGAGAUCAAAAGUUAUGCAUUACUGGGUUCAACUUGUAAUCUUGUAUGCUAGAUAAUUUAACAGUGAUCGCAUUUUGGUUUAUCGAAACUAGGCUUUGUAUCUUUACCUUUUAAUUUCUCUAUCCUUCUCCUUUUGUUAUCGUUGAAGAAUAUUAGUUACAGCUAGAACUGGAAUGAAGGGCAAGCCGGAAGCACUCAUGACAUUGGAGAAUAAAGAAUGACACGUCAAAAAUCAAUCCAAUGAAUAGCAUAGAGAUGGUGAUGCGCACCCACCGGGUAAAAUCUCUGGGCUGAGAAAUUGUUGCUUGUUGGGAGAUUUUCUUAAACUCAAGUGUAUUAUCUUCUUCAGCUUCUUCAGCUGGUAUGAAACACAUAUUUGGAUUACCAUGGAGGUAGCUUCAUCUAUGAUUUAGUUCAUCAGUAAAAUCACAAAUUUUCUUUUAGUUGCAUACGAAUAUGAUCGAUCUGUCAACUAUUCGGUGUUUUUUCUU